AUGGAAGUAACCAGAGACCAUCUCGGUCUUACUCUUCCCCUGUUCCUCUUCCUGCUCCUCUCUCCGGGAGCCUUGGUAACCGGUGUAUCCGAUCUGCUCAACGAGGGCAGCAACAUCACCGACGGCAACACGCUGGUCUCAGCCGGAGGGUCGUUCAUCCUGGGCUUCUUCUCUCCCGGGGUGUCCACCAACAGAUACCUCGGGAUAUGGUUCUCCGUGUCCAACACCACCGUCUGCUGGGUGGCGAACCGUGAAAGGCCCCUGAACAGCACGGCGGGGGUUCUGGUGUUCAGCGACACCGGAAACCUUCUCCUGCUCGAUGGCUCAGGCCAGACCGUAUGGACAUCCAACUCCACCACGACGGCAGCUCCUAGGGUUGCGCAGCUUCUUGAAUCUGGCAACCUGGUCAUCCAUGAACAAGCCGGCCACACCACCGUGUGGCAAUCGUUCGAUUAUCUGUCUGACACGCUGCUUCCUGGUAUGAAGAUGGGCAAGAACCGAUGGACAGGGUCCGAGUGGUACCUCUCGUCGUGGCGCUCAGCCGACGACCCGUCUCCGGCCUAUCGGUUCGUCACGGAGGUGAACGGGCUACCGGACAACACCCUGUGGGACGGGAGCACCAAAGUCUACCGCACAGGGCCCUGGAACGGACUACGGUUCAGCGGCACCACGGAGGCCGCGAGCUACACCAACAUGUUCAAGUUCGUCGUCAACAUCAACGACGGGGAGGUAACCUUCGGGUACACGGCGACACCCGGCACGCCCCCUUCCCGCAUCGUGGCGACGUCCACCGGCUUUGUCAAGCGGCUGGUAUGGGAGGCGAGCACGCAACGAUGGGAGACCUUCUUGAAGGGGCCGAGGGACGUAUGCGACGACUACGCCAUGUGCGGGCCGUUCGGCCUCUGCAACGCCAACGCUCCUUCCACGUCCUUCUGCAGCUGUCCCAGGGGCUUCACCCCCGCGUCCCCCGCUGAGUGGGACCUGAGGGAGAACGCAGAUGGAUGCCAGCGAAGUGCGGCGCUAGACUGCGCCCAAGGGAACGGGAGCGCCAGCACCAGCAGCACGGACGGGUUCAUGGUGCUCCAGGGCGUGAAGCUCCCCGACACGUUCAACGCGUCGGUGGAUGCGAGCGCGACGAUGGAGGAGUGCAGGGCCAGGUGCUUCGACAACUGCUCCUGCGUGGCAUAUGCCCCCGCUGAUAUCCGGGUAGGCGCAGUCGCUGGGUGCAUCAUCUGGACAGGAUACAUCACCGACCUACGCUACGUGGAUGGAGGGCAGGAUCUGUACAUGAGGCUGCCAAAGUCUGAACUAGAUGCUAACACCCCCGCUGGUAGUCGUCGAGAUCCUGCUUCGACUAUCGGGUCGGUCCCUGAAGCUGAUCCGCCGACUAUCAUGGAAGCCACGGAAGAAUUUUCCGAAGCCGGCAUAUGUGUCCCUCCAGUUGAUCUGCCUUCUAUAAAGGCGGCCACAAACGAUUUUUCUGAUAGCAAUAUCAUCGGCAAAGGCGGAUUUGGCGUUGUUUACACGGCACUACUAAAUGGUGUUAUCGUCGCUGUAAAGAGACUCAAACCAUCUGGCCUUACCGAAAAAGGCAAGAAGGACUUCACAAGAGAAGUGGAAGUGAUGUCAACGGUCACACAUAAAAAUCUGGUGAAACUAGUUUCCUAUUGCCAGGAAGAGGACGAGUGGAUACUAGUCUACGAGUACAUGCCCAACAAAAGUUUGAGCCCCUACAUAUUUGGAGAAAACUCAUCACCCGGUCCAUCAUUGACUUGGGUUCAAAGGCUAGAGAUAAUCCGUGGUGUUGCGGUAGGUGUUGAGUACCUUCACAACAAGGAAGUCAUCCACAGAGAUCUUAAGUUGUCGAACAUACUCUUGGAUCACGAGUUAAAGCCUAAGAUAGCGGACUUCGGCACCGCAAAGCUAUUUAUUGAUGAUCAGACGAACCCAACAGUAGUACAGACACAGGGGUACAUUGCUCCAGAGUAUGCAAGGGAAGCCUACCUGACGCUCAAGUGUGACGUAUACAGUUUUGGAGUGGUCUUGCUAGAGAUAGUCUCUGGCAAAAAGAACGUAAAAAAAAUGUCUUAUGUGCGUUUGUUGCAGGCGUGGGGGUUCUGGAACAAAGGGAAAAUCAAGGCCCUUCUUGAUUCGCAAGUGGCUGAACCUAACCAACAGCUCUCAUUGGAACUAUCCAGGGUUAUCCAGAUCGGGCUUCUCUGCGUGCAACCAAUGCCCGAUGACAGGCCUAGCAUGCCAGAGGUGGUCGUAAUGCUAACGGACAGCAGUUCAGGGCUGGCUAGGCCCAAGAAGCACGUGGUACCUCAUGUAUAG